CAUUUUUCAGAACGUAGCUUGAUUUUUAUUUGUUUCAUUUCCUCCACAGCCGCUUUCCCCUGCGUAUUUGCGAAGGCGAGAUAAACCCGUUACACCAGGUGAAGGAGUCGCUUUAUUUGUUGAUUCACAAGCGCUGUUCCUAAAAGCUGACUUAGAAGCGUCUAGCCAAGGGAAGACCGUUCACAAAUGCAGGCCAUAAAGUGUGUUGUCGUCGGAGACGGAGCAGUGGGAAAAACAUGUCUUCUGAUCAGCUACACCACCAAUGCCUUCCCUGGGGAGUACAUUCCCACAGUGUUCGACAAUUAUUCUGCAAAUGUGAUGGUCGAUGGGAAGCCAGUGAACCUGGGGCUGUGGGAUACAGCAGGACAGGAGGACUAUGACAGGCUCCGACCACUCUCAUAUCCUCAAACGGAUGUAUUUUUGAUUUGCUUCUCACUUGUGAGCCCUGCUUCGUUUGAGAAUGUUCGUGCCAAGUGGUAUCCUGAAGUCAGACAUCACUGCCCCAACACCCCAAUUAUUCUUGUUGGGACCAAGCUUGAUUUAAGAGAUGACAAGGACACUAUUGAGAAGCUGAAAGAGAAGAAGCUCACUCCCAUCACUUACCCACAAGGCCUUGCAAUGGCUAAAGAAAUUGGAGCUGUGAAGUAUCUGGAGUGCUCAGCCUUAACUCAGCGUGGCCUUAAGACAGUGUUUGACGAAGCCAUCCGUGCGGUACUGUGCCCGCCGCCGCUCAAGAAGAAGAAGAGGAAGUGUCUGCUGCUCUGAAGUGAACGCAUUUAAAGAACCGGCUGCGAUCUGAGCUCACCUGAGAAGAGGAGUCAGGAACAGUGGGGAGUAUGUGUUGGGGUGCAAGAGGGAAGACUCUGUGAUGAAUCAUACCCAUACAAAUAUGUCUCUCUCACUCAUGUAUUGUAAUUUAGACUUACUUCUGUAUAACAGACUCUAUCUUAGGCUCCUGGAGUUUGUCUCAAGGAGAUGUUGGAUGGCUUUUCCUAGUUAAUGUCCCCUCACACUAAGAAAUUCCUGCUGCCUUGUAAUAAUGUACUUUUUCAUGUUUAUGUAAAGUUAAACAACCCCCCCCCUUUCCUCCAUGUGAGCCCAUAUAUUUUGUUUACACUCUGUUUUUUUUGUUUUUAUAGAAAAUGAAGAAUUGCCAAAACCUAAACCUACCUGUAAUGGCUUUUACUUAAAUUGUGCAUACUAAACUUAAAAUUUUUUGGUUUUGUUUGUUUUUAAGGGAAGCCCCUAGGCAACAACUAAUUUCCAGAAAUCUCGAAGGAAGGCUUUGACAUGGACAAUACAAAAGUUUUGAAGUGUA